CGUUUUCUGACGCCUCACGUGUAACCUUUUCAUCCAUCUCCAUUUCAUCACCUCUCCAGCUCUCUCUCCCCACUCUCUCGAAGAAAAGUGGGUUUUGGUGUCAAAUGGUUUGUAGUGUUAUGUGAUCCAUGGGAGCUUUCUUGAGCCUGGGUGAUGGAGUCCAAGAGAGUAAUUGUCAAACAAAAAAAAAAAAAAAAGAAAAUAUAUAGAAAGCUAGGGUGAAAAGUGGUGCACACAGCGCUAACAAACGCACAGAAACACCAACACUAGAAGGAGAUCAGCAUGACUCGAGAAGCACUGGCUUCCAAGGCGCUCCCUACUUUUCUCGUCUAUGAUACCAUCUCUGCAACUCCACUCCACCACCCUGACGCUUCCUCAUGCUCCAGCCUCCUCUUCGACAAUGGUGGAGGUGGUGAUGGAUUGAGCUCGUUGGGGGUCGGUCACUCGAUGCCGGCGAUGUUAGGGGGCUUAGCGGUGGCCCCGGACUCGAGGCCUAGCACGGCGGCAGGGCAGGGAAGGAGGAAGCGGCGGAGGCGGCCGAGGAGCUGCAAGAAUAAGGAGGAGGCGGAGAGCCAGCGGAUGACCCACAUUGCCGUCGAGCGCAACCGCCGUCGCCAGAUGAACGAGCACCUCGCCGUGCUGCGGUCCCUAAUGCCAGAGUCCUACGUCCAAAAGGGUGACCAAGCGUCCGUUGUGGGUGGAGCCAUCGAUUUUGUGAAGGAGCUCGAGCAACUCCUCCAGUCCCUUGAAGUCCAGAAGAGAACACUCCGGCAACAUAAGAGCAAGGCAGAGAAAACGCCGGGCAUCGAGACACGGAGCACCGGCAGCAGCACUGAUGAGACCGAUUCCCCUCCCUUUGCUCAGUUCUUCGCCUACCCACAAUACAUCUGGCGCCAUGCACCCCGGGACUGCCCUCCACCGGAGAACCGGUCGGCGGUGGCCGAUAUCGAGGUCACCUUGACCGAAACACAUGCAAAUCUUCGGAUUCUUUCACCUACAAGGCCAAGACAGCUCCUCAAGAUGGUGGCCGGGCUUCAGAGCCUCAGGCUCACCAUUCUGCACCUCAACGUCACCACCAUGGACUCCAUGGUGCUCUACUCCCUCAGUGCCAAG